AUGAAUACUAAAAUAACUUUGCGUAAUUCAAAACAGAAUAGCUUUCUAAGUUCAUUCAAAACUACGCAUCGACAUACAUUAUCCUAGGGUAUGGAACUAAAGUUGGAAUCGCCUACAAACAGGGAAACUUCUGGAUUCACCUCUUUUUAAUCCUUGAAAUCUUCAUCAAUGCACUUGAAAAAAUUAGUGAAAUCUCCAACUUCUUCACUAUAAUCUGCAAGAUUAUUUGAUUUAAAUGAAAACUUCCUUAAUAAGAGGACGUCAAUAGUAUAAAUGAUGCAAACAUUUUCAAAUAAUUAUGAAAUUAUCUAGUAAUCAGAACCCUUAGAAAAUAUUGAUUUGGAUAAACUGUUUCCAGUAGAAGAAUAAAAGAAAUUGUAAAAUAAUGAAAUAGUUUCUGAUGAAUCAAAGUUAAGAAUAUUUGAGUUAAAACAAGAGAGCAAUAAUUGGAUCUCAAUUAAUAGAUUCAGAUUUCAUUACUUUUCAAUUAAAAUUUAAGGUUAGGAAUCACCAAUAUAAGUUUAUGUAAAAUGCGAUUAAUCAAGAUUGCUUAAUUACAGAAUGUACAUAUCAACAACUGCUUCAUUUCCUACUAAAUUCAAUUGUGAAGCUGUUGUAUAAUCUAAAUAUUUUAAAUAUUAAGAUAAAAAACAUAACGAUAAAUUUUUGGAUAAGUACUUAUAUAUAGCAAUAUAUUCUGAAGAGGACUGUGAGAUUUCAAUAUCAUUUCUUUAUGGAAAUAAAUUUAUCAAGAAAUAAAAACCAAAAAGAGAAAAACCAAACUAUGAUAAAUAUAAAUAUUGGUGGUAGCAAUAGAAAUUUGAUAUGAGUUAUGAAACAGACAAAAUAAAUAGCAAUCUUGAUACUAGGUAAUACUCGAGAGAAGCAAGAAAAGAGAAAUUAAUUCAAUCAUAAGAUUAGUUAGAUUUAAGAUUGAAAAAUGCAAUGAGUAAGAAAAAGGAAUUAUGUGAAGACAAAAAAAUGGACUUAUUAUCCAAAUAUUAAGCAAAUGAAACUUUAAAAGAAAUUAGAAAUCAACAAAAACUCAAAUAAAGAAUUAGAUAAGCCCUCAUCAAAUUUCAAAUCAGUUGGUUUGAUGUCUUUCUACUUAUACAUUUAGCUGAAAAUAUGAAAGUUAUGUUAGAUGUAUUUUAGUUGAUAUCCUAAAUUAGGAAGCAAAAAGGAGAAGCAAAUAUCUAGCCAAAGGAAGACUUAUUGUUUGGAAAUAUAGAACUACAACUAUGAUUAAAAUAAAAGAGAGUGGACAAACGGUUGAUUAGAGAAAUCUAUUUAAAUUAUGCAUGGCAAUGUGUAUGUACGCAUUUCAUAACAAAAAGAGAAUAAAAACUGAUGUAUCUAAAGUACUAAGGUACUUUUUCACUUUAACUCAUUAAUAUUGUCAUUUCAUUUAAAAACAUUAGGAACUAACAAAUAAAGGUAUGGAAUCAUUCAUUUUUAGUAAAUUAUGUUAAAAGGGUAUUUAGAAAUUUAAAGCAAAAAGAAAAAGCCUAUAAGGAUAGAUUAUGGAGAAUUCUUAAUAAAUAUGCUUAAGAAAUCCUUCAUUCUUUGGGAGCACACUUUAGUAAUCCCAAAAAGCGAACAUACAUCAUUGAUAGGUAAUUAACUGACUUAUCAAGAGUUCAGCACUAAUGAAAGCAACUGAAGAUUUUCUAACAACAAAAAAGAGAAAAUGUUAACAAUUUAUUUAAAGUUAUGUCAGAGAAAAAGAUUAAAAAUAAGUAAAACUAUAAAUAUUUUAUAAAAUAAGAGAGUAGUUGACCUCGCUUUGAAUAUGAUGUAACCAGAAAUGUUUGAUACACCUUCAUAUGAUGAUUUAUAUGGAAUUUUUCGUACUUACAUUCUUUACAAAAAAAUGACAUCUCAACACACAUAAUAAUAAUAACUAAAAUCUUAGCAAAUAAAAGAGCAAUGA